AUGAAGGUCUUUGCAACUUUCUGCCCUAUCCUGGUCCUCUGCCUCACAUUGGUCAUCAGCACACUCGCCGCACCCGCCACUGACGGAUGUGCUCCCGGCGCUUAUGCUUGCGACCACAAGAGAAUUCCGGAGGGCAUUGUCUUCUGCAAUGGCAUGUCAAGCUGGGUUUACGUUGCCAGCUGCGACCCUGGACAGACAUGUCGCGAGAUUGGCCGAGUGCCUCACUGCUUUGACUGA